CGGCAUUCCAGUCGUAUUGGAGUCAGUCGGCAAUCGUCUCUUGUCUCAUCGAGUAGCCCCUUUUGAGCUCGCAGUGUCCAUCAAAAAUUUUCCUUGAAACUUUCAUCAAUUGAAGUGCUAUCAACCUAAUCAAGUGAAGUACCAGCUAAAAAAUGCCCAACUACCACAAACCCGAAUCUAAAACUGUUCAGGAAUUGAAAGAUAUCGCUCAUCGUUUGCGAAUUCAUUCAAUUACAUCCACUCAAGCCUCGAAAUCGGGACAUCCAACAUCAUGUGCAUCCAUUGCCGAGAUCAUGUCGGUCCUCUUCUUCCAUACGAUGCGCUACAAAGUAUCUGCACCACGUGAUGCAUCCAAUGAUCGAUUUAUUUUGUCCAAGGGACACGCAGCACCAAUUCUCUAUGCUGCCUGGGCCGAAGCUGGUCUCUUCCCAGUGUCCGAAUUGGCAAAUUUGCGCAAAGUCGACUCAGAUCUUGAGGGUCAUCCAACACCAAGGCUCAAUUUUAUUGAUGUUGGUACAGGAUCUUUGGGACAGGGAGUAGCUGUAGCUGCUGGUAUGGCCUAUGUUGGCAAGAAUUUUGACAAAGCUGCCUAUAGAACCUACGUUGUGGUGGGAGAUGGUGAAUCGGCAGAGGGUUCCAUCUGGGAGAGUCUUCACUUUGCCGGACACUACAAACUCGAUAAUCUCUGUGUCAUCUUCGAUGUCAAUCGUCUGGGACAGUCAGAGCCAACUUCGCUUCAGCAUCAAAUGGAAAUCUACCGCAAGCGUCUUGAAGCCUUUGGUUUCAAUGCAAUUGUUGUGGAUGGACAUGAUAUUGAGGAGUUGUGCAAGGCUUUCUUCGAAGCUGCCAAUACAGCUGAUCGUCCAACUGCCGUAAUUGCCAAGACCUUCAAGGGGAAAUUCUUCCCUAAUAUUGAAAAUCUUGAGAAUUGGCAUGGUAAACCUUUGGGAGAUCAAGCAGAUUCAGUUAUUAAGCAUCUGGCAGGAUUAAUUAACAAUGCUGGACCUCUGCAGAUUGCUCCACAGAAACCCCUGCGAGAUGAUGCUCCAGCUGUGGACAUUCGCAAUAUCCAACUAGCAUCACCGCCAAGUUACAAACUAGGCGAAACCGUAGCCACUCGCCUGGCCUACGGUACGGCUCUGGCCAAGAUUGCCGUCAACAAUAGUCGCGUAAUUGGCCUCGAUGGUGACACGAAGAACUCAACGUUCUCGGAGAAGCUGAAGAAAGCCUUCCCAGAUCGCUACAUUGAAUGCUUCAUUGCCGAACAGAAUCUCGUUGGAGUGGCUAUUGGGGCAGCCUGUCGUGAUCGUACUGUGGCCUUUGUGUCCACCUUUGCCACCUUCUUCACUCGUGCCUUUGAUCAAAUCCGCAUGGGUGCUAUUUCCCAGACCAAUGUUAAUUUCGUUGGUUCCCACUGUGGUGUCAGUAUUGGCGAAGAUGGACCCAGUCAGAUGGGACUUGAAGACAUUGCCAUGUUCCGUACAAUUCCCGGCAGUACGGUCUUCUAUCCUUCGGAUGCCGUGAGCUGUGAACGGGCUGUGGAGAUUGCUGCCAACACGAAGGGAGUCUGCUUCAUCCGAACAUCACGACCCAACACUGCUGUUAUCUAUCGCAACGACGAAGUGUUCCAGAUUGGAAAGGCGAAGAUCGUGAGGAAGUCUCAGAAUGAUCAAGUGUUGAUUGUGGGAGCUGGAAUAACUCUCUAUGAAGCCAUCAAUGCUGCCAAUGAGCUCGAAAAGUCUGGAAUUCACGUGCGCAUCCUCGAUCCAUUCACCGUCAAGCCACUGGAUCAGGAGGCCAUUAUUGCCAAUGCACAGCAGUGCGGAGGCAGAGUUAUCACCGUGGAGGAUCACUACAGGGAGGGAGGCUUGGGAGAGGCAGUGAUGUCUGCUCUGGCUCAGCAGAGAAAUGUUGUAGUGAAGCAAUUGGCAGUGUCCAAGGUGCCAAGAUCUGGACCACCGAAUGUCCUGAUUGAUCUCUUUGGCAUCUCAGCACGCUGCAUCGUGGCAGCCGUGGCGGAUAUUCUGAAGCUCUAAGAAUGCGAUGGAUUUCACUGGAGCAUUAUCUCACACAAAAAAAAUAUCUUUCUCUUGGGUUGGGUGGCGUCAAUGACCCUCUUUUAUAUUGCUUUUUUUUCUUUGCUUUUAAAUAAAAUCACACAUUUUCACAGUU